AUGGCUCACAAGCGCACUGUCAACUCCCGCGUCUCCAAGACACACAUCACCCGUGCGCAUAUCCAUCUCAACCGCAAGCCACAUCCAGCGAUACGAACGACGAAGAAGCGCGACCAGAAACUUCGCCGGAUAGACGUCCACCCCCCUCCCCUUACCAGCUCAAGCUCGAUGCACAAACCCUUCGAUGUUCGCUUCGCGCGACAUAAGUCCACCUGGCGGUCCAUAGCACAUGGCUUUGUGGAGCAGCAACAAGAGAAGUUGAAGAAGGCGGAGGGAGACGAGAUGGAGUGCGAAUACGAUACUAUGGAUCAACUGGCCGCGUUCGAGGCGAGCGGUGGGGUGUUUGGUAGUCCACCUACCUCUCCCGCGUCGUCGCCAUCGUCGUCUCCAAGUAACCAUACUUCUGGGAGUUCGGCUGGAUCUUGGGGUACCGCGUCGACCUUCAGUGCGAGUACGCUCGCCAGUUCGAUGGUGUCACAGCCCAGCGCGUCGGCCUUCAGUGCUGCCUCCAGCAGCUCCAGCGCGGUCAACAGCUGUAUGUCCCCACCAGAGGUCGACAUGAUCGAUUCUUCCGACGAGUAUGAACGCCAUGUCGCCGCCGCGCACACACCUCCCAUACCCACACCACCAUCCUCACAGCCGCCACAGCCCGUGACCACGGCCCCCACCGCCAAGGUCACCCCACCCCUCUUCUCAGGCUUAGGCUGCUUGCCAUCCAAACCCCUACCAACCGAAAAGGUGACGGUUAAACUCGCCCCGAAACCGCGCUCCACCCCUCCCCAACUACCCCCCAAAGACGCAUCCAAACCCGACGUCGAACUAGGCAUGGGCUCUUUCUCCGCAUCAAAAAUCACAUCCUCAUCCACCCUCGUGUCCGCUUUCGGGAACCCCCAUUUCAAAACCUUCUUCGCCUCCGAAAUGGUCUCUCUUCAAACCCAUCCGCAGUCCAACAAGGAGAUUCGGGGCUCCCACCUCGUCUACCUCAACAGGUCGCUGAAGUGGGUCAUUGAUGCCGCGGAGGCGAAGUGGUUUAAUCCCGACAUUGACUUUGAGAGCGAUGAUGUGGCGGAUUGGAGGGGGAAGUUGAAUGUUUUUGUGGAGGUUUUGGGGGGUGAGGUGGAUGGGGUUGCGAAGGAUACGAAGGGGAGGAUUGAGAAGGUGUUUGGGCUGUUUGCUGAUGAGGAGGGGGUUAAUGGGGGGUUUGGGAUUGGAGGGGAAGAGGCAGGUUGA